AUGGGGCCAGAACUCGUUUAUCGUAAAACAGACGCUGUUCAUGAGAAACCAUCUAUAGCCACUGUUAGUCCUGAUUCUCCUUCAUUGGUACUGGAAAGUGCUACAACCGCUGUUUUUUCCAAAGCAUCAUCCCGCUUGAAUGAAGUCGCCAAUGAAUCACUACCUCCGCUCCGUAUUCUCUUUGCUACUGAAUAUCUGCCUCCUUAUGUCUCAGGCAUUGCUAACCGUUGUAAAAAUCUCAUCAACGGUUACAGACAAGAAGGCCACCACGUCACUGUAUUCUCGGUUCAGGGAACUGAUUGCGAUGUGAUAGUUCCUUCUAUUGUUAACCCAUUUUACUCUCAGCAACGCACAUUUCUUUUUCCUCCGCUUCCUUUGCUUCUUCAACUUUUAGAUUUCUCUCGUCCAGUUCCCUACGAUAUUGCUCAUCUGGUUGCCCCCACUUGUUUUUCAUUCAUAUUUAUUCUUCCACUAAUAUGGCUGAGAGGUAUCAAGAUGUAUGUGUCAUACCACGUGUAUUUGGAAUACUACAAGAAAAGAUACUUUGGUGCCCAUCCUAGUCUCGAUCUCAUCAUUUACGGCCUGUUCACGUGGCUAUACUUUUUACCAUUGGUCUGGUUGGCUACAUGCGUGGGUAUUCCUUCAAAAACGGCCGACUCAUAUGUGUUUAGGUAUGCACAUAGAAUUCACUACUUGAAGUCUGGGCUGGAUACAGACGUGUUUGUUCCGCAGAGAGUGGAUGACGAAACAGCUAAAGAAGACACGGUCUCGGAGCAUACUUUGGAUGACAAUGGAAUGAACAGACCCAUCCAAAACAAUCUGUUUUCUGGAUCAUCAUCAAGUCUUCACAAGAUGAUCGAAACUCCUGUUAUUCAGUCCGAUCUGACCAUCACUAAUUUGCGUCAGGUAGCUGGAUUGACAAGUGAUGAUCAGGGUCCUAUGCUAGUCUAUGUUGGCCGACUGGCUGUAGAAAAAAAUGUCGAGUUUCUUGUAGAAGCAAUGGGACAUCCAUCCAUGGCAAAUGCUACACUAGUCAUUGUUGGAGAUGGACCAUCGCGUAGGUCGUUACAGGAGCUUUCUGAAUCCGUUGUUGGCGCUGAGCACGUUUAUUCACCAGCAGUGUUUGUUGCUCCAGCAACCGUUGCAAACGAUGGGCUUAUUGCUGCCAACACUACCAGUAAGCCAAAUUCAACCCCUUUUAGUUGCAACUCUAGUGAAAAGGCGGUCGUUGCAAAAGAACUUGAAGAUGAAUUGAUCAAGUCACCGUCUGAAAGAAAGAGCAAUGGAGAUAUCAAUUCUGCAACAAUGUCAGACCAAUCAGCUAAAACACUGGUCAUGUCGACACCCAUAAUUCCCUAUUCUUGCGAACCACAUCCUCCAAUGUUUUCAUUGUCAAAUACUGCUCAAUCACCUCGAAAACGAGUGAUCUUCACUGGCAUGAUUUUCAACGAACAUCAAGUGGCCUCAUACUAUGGUCAAUGCGAUAUUUUUGUGUCAGCCUCUGCAUCAGAAACCUUUGGAUUCACAGUAGCAGAGGCGAUGGCGUGUGGCACGCCAGCAGUUGUAGUUCGAUCCGGCGCAUUCAAAACAGUGUAUAAGAUGAUUGAUGACUGGAUGUUUGAGGAGGGUGGAACUGAAGAGUAUGUCGGAUGUGUUGAAAAGGUAUGGCGGGGCGGCAGAAAAUUGAGACGGUUUUCCAGGGAUAUUGCUGUGGAUGGAUUUGGUGUUCAUGCUGCUGUUAAAGAUCUGGCGUCAACCUAUCGGUGGAUUAUUGAUGGGUGUCCUGACCCCAGGGUUUAA